AUGGAUCGCAGUCUGGAUGAAAUCAUCGCCGAAGACACCCGUCAGACGACUCGUCCUUCGGGUGGCCGACGAAGCCAAGGUCAAGGCCAAGGCCGCCGUCGUGGUGAACGCGAUGGUGUCAAAAAGCAAGAUCGCGUCGACCUAAACCUUGACUGGGUACACGACAAGUUCAAUGACAACGACAGAGAAUCCCGCCCACGCGGACCCCGCCGUCGCCACUCCCCUGAUCGCAGCGGCUCCGCCCUCACAAAGGUUCGCGUUGACAACCUCCACUACGACAUCACUGAGACUGAACUUGAAGAUCUCUUCGGCCGAAUUGGCCCCGUCUCUACCCUAACCCUUGCUUACGACCGCGCUGGACGCUCCGAGGGAGUCGCUUACAUCACAUACGCCCAUCUGAAGGACGCACACGCCUCGAUUCAAGAGUACGACGGCGCCAACGCCAAGGGCCAACCCAUCCGUCUGUCUCUCAUCCCCGGCCGUCGAGGCGGUGAUCGUGGCGGCGACCGUGGCGGUGAUCGUACUGGCAGUUCUCUUUUCGACCGCGUGCAGCGCCCCGCACGCAAUGCUCGCAGCUUGAGUCCUACCAGUGACAACGAAGGAGACAGAUCUCGCCGCCGUCGCGGUGGACCUGGUCGUGCUCGCCGCAGCGAUGUCACCGGACCCGCCCCCGAUGGCAUUGACCGAUACGUCCCUGGACAGCGGUCUUCCAACCAACGCGGCGAAGGCCGCCGUGGAGGACGCGACAACAAGCCCCGCAAUGCCGAGAAUGGUGGUCGCCGUUCCAACGCCCGUCCCCGCAAGACACAAGAGGAACUGGACCAAGAGAUGGAGGACUACUGGGGAGGUAACGAUGCCUCUGCCGAAACAUCUGCCGCACAGCCCGAACAAGCGGUCACUCAGUCAGCUCCUGUCGAAACCGCUCCUGCGCCCGCUGCUGCUGCUGCCGCUCCGGCACAUGCGGAUGAUGAUAUCGACAUGAUCGAAUAA